AUGGAUAUUAAUUAAGAAGAAUUCUUUUUUGGAAUAAAUAAGUCAUUGUAUUUUAAAACAGAGGAGUAAAAGAAUGAAUUAAAAAAAAUGGAUCCAGAGUACUUAACUAGAACGUAUUUAAUAAUAAAAUGUAAAGUGGAACUGAUUUUGUAUUAUUACCUAAUUCCCCUGAAUUCAUAAAUCACAUUGAACCAUUUGAACCAAUGUAUAUACCAAAGUAAACAAUAUUGGAGGAAAGUUUAAGAAGAGAAAUAGAAAGAAUUUGUUUUGCAGAUACUUUAUUAAAUAAAGUGGUUUUUGAUUGUGCAGAUCCUAGUCCAUUUAAUAAGAUAAAAAAGAUAAGAUAUAUAUAAAUUACAGGAUACAGAUUCUAAUGUUUAUGGUUUAGAAGUUCUACCUUAUUACAUACCUUAAACAAAAGAAGACACAACUUUAGUUUUUGAAAGCAGAUUUGAAUCUGAAAAGAGCAAUAUAAAUGUAUAAAUAAUAAUAGUAUAAUAGAUGUGAUUAUGAAUAUAAUUUGAUUUUGAAACCAGAUUAUUAUACUACAAUGAAUACUUAAUGGUUUUAUUUCUCAUUAUCAAAUACAAGAAAAAAUGUUGAAUAUCGAUUUAAUAUAAUAAAUAUGAUGAAACCUGAUUCACUAUAUAAUUCUGGAAUGAAACCAUUAAUGUAUUCUGAUUUGGGAGCAAAAUAUAAAAGUAAAAAUAUAAAUUAUAUAUAGAAAUUGGAUGGUUUAGAGAUGGACAUGAAAUUUGUUAUUAUUAAAACAAUAUGAAAAGAAAGAAUGGUGGAUUUUAUAACACUUUAACAUUUGCAGUUAAAUUUUAAUAUGAUUUUGAUUGUAUUUAUAUAGCACAUUGUUAUCCUUAUACAUACACACAUUUAUGUAGAUAUCUUAAAUAAUUGAAAUGUGAUCCAGGAAAGAAAAAUAGAGUCAAAAGAAAAUAGUUAUGUUAAACAAUAGCUGGAAAUACAUGUGAUUUUUUAAUUAUUGGUGAUUUUAAUAAUGGAAAAGAGAAAAAGGGAAUUGUAAUAACAUCUAGAGUUCAUCCAGGUGAAACUAUGGCUAGUUAUGUAAUGGAAUAUAUGAUAGAUUUUUUAACUGGAAAUACACUUGAAGCUAGAAUUCUAAGAGAGAAUUUUAUAUUUAAAAUAGUUCCUAUGCUUAAUAUAGAUGGAGUAGUAAAUGGAAAUUAUAGAUGUAAUUUAGCAAGUGUUGAUUUAAAUAGAUAAUGGAUAAAAAACAACAUCCUACUAUUUAUCAUACUAAAUAAUUAGUUAAAAAAACAAAAGAAGAAAGAGAUUUAGUAUUAUUUUGUGAUAUUCAUGGUCAUUCAAGAAAAAAGAAUAUAUUUAUGUAUGGCUGUUAAGGAAAAGAUCCAAAUAGAAAAGAAUUAGUAUUUCCUAUGCUUAAUAGAAAUAAUUAUAGUGUUUUCUCUUUUAAAGAUUGUUGUUUCUUACUUUAAAAAAGAUAGAGGAGGUUCUGCAAGAGUAAUAAUAUUAUUAUUAAAUAUAACAAGAUUGCUUUAUGGAGAGAGCUUUCAAUAAUUAAUUGUUUUACAUUAGAAAUGUCAUUUUGUGGAGCUGAUUUUGGUAAAUAUGAAUAUUUUCAUUUUAAUUUGGAUAUCUAUAAAAAAUUGCUUAAUCUUUUUGUUUAUCAAUAAUAGAUUGUUAUGAACCAGAAUAAAUAAAAGUUAAAUAAGUAAUGGAAGAAAUAGAAUAGAAUAGUUUAAAGAAUUAAUAAAAAGAUGAUAAAAAUAAUUCAGGAGAUGAAGGAUCAGAUUAUUCUAAUGAUGAUCCAAAAGAAUAAGUAAUAACAUAAUAAGUUUAACUUUAAUCUAAUGAUUAAUGUAAAAAGAAUUAAUAAAUAUAUAGAAUUAGGUUCAUAAACUAAAAAGCUUAAGAAAAUACCACUUCUACCACCUAAGAGAAAAAAAGGUUAAUGAAUAUAUAUUAGAAUAAUUAACUGAUUAUUUAAAUUAAAUUUUUAUGAAUAAUCCAGCUUGGGGAACAAUUUUGGGUUAACCUUUUGGUGUAGCUGCUUAUUCUAAUAUUGGUUUUGUAUUUGAUAGAAAUAAAAUUCAUGAAUAUUAGAGUUAUUGGCCUAAAGAGGAAACUGGAUUAGCAAGAGAUGUUUAUAUUGGAUUUAAGUAAAUCUGAAAUCUUAAAAAAAAGAUAUCAAUGUGUAGAAUAUGCUAGAAGAUUUCUUACUUUAUAUUUUAAAGCUGCCUUUUAAGAUGUUCCACAUGCUCAUCAUAUUUGGGAUUUAGAAACUAUUGAAGAUUGUACAAAAGAAGAAGGAACAUUUCCAUUCAUUAAUUAUCCUAAUGGCUCUAAAGAGUUUUUUAUUUAUAAUAAUUUAGACCACCUAAACUUGGUGAUCUCAUUAUAUAUCCUUAUUCAAAUGAAUAAAGAUUUGGACAUGUUGCAGUUGUCAUUAAUGUUAAUUUAGAAGAAUAAUAUAUAGAUUUAGCUGAAUAAAACUAUGAAGUAAAUGGAUGGGAAUGUCCUUAAUAUUCAAGAAGAUUAAUUAUCAAAAUUGAAAAUGGAUAAUAUUUUCUUACUAAUUAAAGAAUUGGGUAACAAUUUUCAUUUUAUUCUUUAGAAAACCUUAUGAUAAUUGGGACAUUAAAGAAUAAAUUUUUGGAUGGAAAAGAAUUGAUUUUAAUCCAAAAUUAUGA